AUGAGCACUGACCAAAUUCUUCCAAAAACAAAUUGGGAAAAAUCCAUUCAGAUGAAUGAUAAAAGGAACAAGAAAUUGUUACUGAAUAAUAUAAAACUUAAUGAUCCUAAGAUUUAUCAACAUUCAUGUGUACAAUUAAAAGCUUAUCUGAAUAAUGAUCAUUCAAAUCAAAUAUCUGGAUUAUUCUCAGGUGUUAACAAUUAUGACGUUUUCAAAAAUAUUAAUCAAGAAGAUUAUAUACCUUCGUAUGAUGUGUUAAUAAAACAAAUGAAUUAUACCAUUGUAACAGCGUUGGCUUAUAUGGAAAUUUGGACUGAAUCACGUUUAGAACAAUGGAUGAGCCGCCCAUCAUUCUCUGUAAGUGGAAGGAAUCGUUUCGAAAUUUUAUUACAUUUCUUCGAAAAAUAUCAGACUGAAGUGUUGAAUCAUUAUUGGUCAGAAAAUGGCCCAACAGAUCCGAUGAAUUACAGCCGAUUUAUUCUAACAUCAUUGACAAUUAUUCGUUGCAUGCAUAAAAAAUUAUGUCAAGAUAAAAGAUUUGAACGAUUAAAGCUACAUUCUAUACAUAUUCCCAAUCUUUUAAAUCUGUUCGAAUUUUUGAUCCUACCUAAUCGAGAGUAUAUGAUUAGAGCGCGCAGUCUUUACUACUAUUUUAUUGAAUUCAAUAACAAAUUAUAUCCUGAUCUUUUAAACGAUAUAGAAGCUAAGAAUGCUUUUGGUGUACAUUUUGCCGAUAACUCGUCAAAAAUGAAUGAUGACAUACAACGUAUUCGAAUUCAGGCUGAACAGGACAAAUAA